AUGCCCCCAACCAAGCAACUCACCUUCUUCAUCACAGGCUGCUCGUCCGGCUUCGGCCUGAUCCUCUCCCGCAUCGUCCUGCGCGCAGGCCACCGGCUGAUCGCGACCUCGCGCAACCCGUCCCGCACGCCGGAGCUGGUCGAGGAGAUCGCGGCGCGCGGCGGCCGCUGGCUGGCGCUCGACGUGGACGACCCGGCCGCCGGCGCCGCGCUGAUCGACCGCCUCGAGCGCGACGAGGGCGAACGCAUCGACGUGCUGGUCAGCAAUGCCGGCUAUGCCGUGUUCGCGCCCGUUGAGACCCUCGCUGACCAUGAGCUGCGCGGCUUGAUGGAGACCAUGUACUUCGGCCCUGCGCGGCUGGUGCGCGCUGUACUGCCGUACAUGAGAGCCCGGAGGCAGGGGGUGGUCGUGCAUGUGAGUAGCGGUGCCGGGCUGGAGGGGAGGGAGGGGUUGGGCGGGUACGCGGCGGCCAAGGCCGCGAUGGAUGGUUUGUGCAAGGUGCUGGGCAAGGAGGUUGCGCCGUUCGGCGUGCGCGUGUUGAACGUCCACCUGGGCGGGUUCAACACUAACAUGGCCAACGCCACACGCGCCGGUGGUCAGAGCCCGUGGCCGGAGGAUUACAAAGGGUCGCUGGUGGAGCAGUUCUUGUUCGCCAUCACCAGCGGCAAGUUCGUGCCCGAGGGCGACCCUGAAAAGGCCAUGCAGGCGGUGUACGAAGUCAUCGUGGGAGAGGGCGUCGGCGCCGGCCGCGAGGCCGAGAGGAUGUUGCCGCUCGGUAGGGACAUUGCGGCGAGGGUCAAGCAGGUCCAAGAUGGAUAUGCUCACGCGAUGGAGGUGUUCGGCGAGGUGUGCAAUAAUGUCUAUCUGGAAGGGAGGUGA